GUGGCAGCGGAAGUGGUGCUAAAGUAGUUAGCUUCAAAACGAAAGAGUCGCGGCAGAAUCACAAACAAACCGAAAAUACUAAAAGCCGGCACCUUUCGCUUCUGUUUGGUCCCGUUUUUCGCGGAACAUCCUGAGAGCCCGUGAUGGAGGUCCCGGGGGCGGACAGCGACUGGAGGAGCCCGCAGUUCAGGCAGAAAGUUGUGGCGCAGAUUGAAGAUGCCAUGAGGAAAGCCGGGACUGCCCACUCCAAAUCCAGCACCGACAUGGAGAGCCACGUGUACAUGAAGGCCAAGUCCAGGGAGGAGUACCUUUCCCUUGUGGCUCGCCUCAUAAUUCACUUCAGAGACUUCCACAAGAAGAACAUGGGCGGGGGUCCAGAUCCUAUGAAUGCACUGAAUAACCUGGCUGGGACGUCUCUUGGCCCUCGGGGGGGUCCAGGGGCAGCUGGGAUCGGUCCCCUGCAGAUGGGACAGGGCCAUGCUCCCAACAUGGGGGGCGCUAUGGUGCAGCAGCCGCAGUUCCAACAAUUUCAACAGAACGCAAACCUGCAGUUCCAGCAACAGCUCAGAGCCCAACAACUCCAACAGCACCACCCCCAACUGCAGCACCAGCAGAACCAGGCCCAAAACCAGAUGCAGAAUCGUGUACAGCAGCAGCAGCAGCAGCAGCAGCAGAUGGUUCAGUUGCAUCUCCAGGCUCAGUCUCUUCACAUGGUCCAGCACAACCAACCCCCUCACAACCAACCCCAACACGCCCAACCCCCCCACAGCCAACCCCAGGGUGCUUUAGGAGCACCGCAUGGCCCACAGCAGGGUGCUCUGGGCCCCCCCCUGUCCCAGCCACAGAGUACCCUGGGAGCUCCUCACAGCCAACAGCAGGGGGCGCUAGGAGCACCUCUCUCCCAGCAGCAGCAGGGGGCACUAGGAGCACCUCACGGCCCCCCACAGAGCCUCGGCCCUCAGGGGAUGGGCCAGAGUCUGAACCCAAACCAACAGCAUGUCAACAUGGGACUGACGCCACAACAGCAGCAGCAACAACAGCUCAAGAUGGCUUUUCAGAACCGGGCAAGUCUUCAGCAGCAGCACCAGGCUCAGCUCAGCGUCGCUCAGGGCGCUCGUGCUGGGAUGCCUCUUCAGUCUCGGAUGCCGCGCCCCACUCUCCCUCCUCAGGGUGGUACUGUGGGACAGCAGCCCAUGGCCCAGCAGGUCUCGCAGCACGCUGUGAUGUCGUCACCUUCCCCCCUCCAGGCCCAGACCCCCCAACCCAUGCCCCCCCCUCCACAACCCUCACCGCAGCCCCCCUCCUCCCAGCCCAACUCCGUCAGCUCUGGCCCCGCCCCCUCGCCCUCUGGCGUGUUCCAGCCGAGCCCCUCCCCUCAGCCAGCGCAGAGCCCGUCCACUGCGCGCACGCCGCAGAGCUACAACGUUUCUUCACCCGGAACGCUGAACACACCAGGUAACCCCAGCUCGGUCAUGAGUCCGGGUCAGUCUCUGGAGGAUCAGCAGUACAUGGAGAAACUCAAACAGCUCUCCAAGUAUGUGGAGCCUCUGAGCCGUAUGAUCAACAAGAUCGACAAGAAUGAAGAUCGUAAAAAGGACCUCAGUAAAAUGAAGAGUCUAUUGAACAUCCUCACAGACCCCAACACCAGGUGUCCUCUGAAGACGCUGCAGAAGUGUGAAAUCGCUCUGGAGAAACUCAAGAAUGACAUGGCUGUGCCCACCCCCCCUCCCCCGGCGGUGGCAGUGAAACAGCAGUACUUGUGUCAGCCACUGUUGGACGUUGUCAUGGCGAAUCUCAGAUCUCCGGUGUUUAACCACAGUCUUUACCGCACCUUUGCCCCGCCCAUGACCGCUAUUCACGGCCCACCCAUUCUGGGCCCUCUUGUCUCUGGGAGGAAGAGGAAGCUGGAGGAGGAGGAGAGGAGCUCUGUUCCAAACCUUCUUCAGGGGGAAGUGUCUCGUCUCGAUGUCAAGUUCAGUGUAAAUCUGGACUCAUCCCUCCCCUCCAACAACGGCACGCUGCAUCUGCUUUGUCGGCUGGAUGAUAAGUCUCUGCCCAGUGUUCCUCCUCUGCAGCUCAGUGUUCCAGCAGAUUAUCCAGAACAGAGCCCCCUGUGGACCCAGGACCAGGAACUCUAUGAGUCAAACAGUUUCCUUCGGAGCGUUCACAGAAACAUGGCGUCUAAGCUCCUGCAGCUGCCAGACAGACACUCAGUGACGGAACUACUGCAGACGUGGGCCCAGAGCGUCAGACAGGCCUGUCUGUCUGCAUGAGAGAUAGACAGACACUUUGUGAGAGUGUGUGUGAGAGUGUGAGCGUGUGUGAGGCCUGUCUGUCUGCAUGAGAGAGAGCCACACAUUCAGAGUCACAUCUGCUCCAUGAGAGCCACAGCUACCCUGAGACAGACUGAGGGAUCACGCCUGCCGCCUGCUCCAGAGUCACCUGUACUCGUAACUUGGAACUCAACCUUUAACCCCACCUGUGACCUCUGACGUAUUUGGGAAACUUUCUGUCUGACUUUUGUAUACCCGAGUUUCGUUGACUCCUGGAGUCAUCUUAUUUUGAAGUACAAGUCCCUCACACUUUGUCCCAUGUCAAUAAAAAGAUUUUAUCUAAAAUUG